CUCACAAGGUCUAGUCAGUUGUUAGGUGCGAUGGCACCGGCGCCCGGGUGAGGAAAAAAAAAACGAUUCCGCUCGGAAAACUCGAGUUUCAUUCUACGUUCGUACAGCACUCACUGAAAUCUUGUCUGAGAAUUCUCUUAAAGAUUUCUUUUCUUGGACUUAAAUCUCAUCUACGAAAAUAAUUUGACAAAUAAAUGACCAAAUAAAAUAUCUGACAUUAAAGACAUGCUCCAACCAUAUUGGAUGAAAGAAAGAAAACUUGAACAAAGAGAGAGACAUGCUCCUAGAGGGCUUGUGUUAAUGGAUCAUCCGAGGCAGCCUUUGGGAGGUGGAUCUGCUCUCGGUGCGCUGGCCUUUCGUGCUUCUGAAUCUGGGUAGCCAUCGGAGUCAUCAGCUAGCUUGCCUUCGUCUGUGAGACUCUAACAGGCCAGGAUUCCUCCUCCUCAGAUUGCAACACUGUUGCCCAGUCGUCGGAUAUGUGAACUUUUUUCUAAUACAUAGUUGGUACUCACUGCUCGUCUCAGUAUGCACCUACUAAACACUGCAUAUAAUCAGUAUAACGACAACGUGAGCUUGAGUUGAUUGAGACAUUAGAGCCGAAGUCCAGAUCGUAUUAGAUAUAUGUCCUGAUUAUCAACUAAAUAGAAACCUCCCAGAAGAAAUGAUGGAUGAAGCUCUAAAUACAGUAGCUGCUCAAUAUACUUCAAAGUUUCUUACCAAAGCUGAAAAGAGUUCUAAGAAGACACCAUUAACCUAAAUGAUGGUGUUUGAUUUCACAAAGUAAAUUCUCUUUGAGAAGAAACUUACAGAUAUCCAGACAUGAUUGAGAUUGAACAGGCCGAGGCCCAGCUCUCUGAGUUAGACCUGCUAACCAGUAUGUUCCCUGGUGAAGAUGAGCUCAUAGUGAAUGACCAGCUGGCUUUAGCAGAACUAAAAGAUUGUAUCGAAAAGAGGACAAUGGAGGGGCGAUCUUCAAAAGUUUACUUUACCAUCAAUAUGAACCUGGACGUAUCUGAGGAAGCAAUGGUGAUAUUUUCUCUGGCCUGUAUUCUUCCCUUUAAAUACCCCACAGUUCUGCCUGAAAUUACUGUCAGAUCAGUAUUAUUGAGUAGAUCCCAGCAAACUCAGCUGAACACAGAUCUGAACACAUACCUGCAAAAGAAUUGUCUUGGAGACGUCUGUAUAUUGAAUGCCACAGACUGGGUUAGAGAACACGCUUCCAGCUAUGUCAGCAGGGAUACUACCCCUUCCCCCGCUCCAGGAAGUACCGUCCAGCCAGUCGAUUUCAUUCUCACGAGACUCUGGAUCUAUAGCCAUCACAUCUACAACAAGUGCAAAAGAAAGGAUAUUCUAGAAUGGGCGAAGGAACUUUCUCUGUCUGGGUUUAGCAUGCCUGGGAAACCUGGGGUUGUUUGUGUGGAAGGCCCACAAAGUGCCUGUGAAGAAUUCUGGUCAAGACUCAGAAAAUUAAACUGGAAGAGAAUUUUGAUUCGCCAUCGGGAGGACAUUCCUUUUGAUGGUACAAAUGAUGAAAUGGGAAGACAAAGAAAAUUUUCAGUUUUUGAAGAAAAAGUGUUCAACGUUAAUGGAGCCAGAGGAACCCACAUGGACUUCGGUCAGCUGUAUCAGUUUUUAAAUGCCAGAGGAUGUGGGGAUGUUUUCCAGAUGUUCUUUGGUGUGGAAGGACAAUAACUGAGUAGAGGACUAACUGAAAGUAUUUUGUCACUGUUGCCUUUGAUUUUGUCUCCACUCUUUCUUGAAAGAUUAAGUUAUUUUACUUUAGUCCCAUUCUAGAAUGCUAGGAGGAAAAAAAAAAAGAAAAAGUAGAACAGCUGAAAUGUAUCUGUUAAAUAUGUCAUGAUUGAAAACAACUGAGUUUUAAGUUAUAAUCUUAAAAUUGUUGACAUAUUUCUUUACAUAUAAGCUACUAAUUUUUAAUGAGAAAUUAAUUUGAUUUGAGUUAGAUAAUGUUGGUGGUACAACUUGUCACCCAUUCCCAACCCCUUUCUUCUUUACCGGACUCCACUAAAGAACCUGGAAAAGCUAAAUACUCGCUCUCCCAGCCUCUCUUCCAACCAUGGUGGCCGUCGGACACUGCUUUGGCUUUGGAAUGUCGGGGAAAACUUUUGCUUUCCAGAUUAAAGCGAUAGCUACAGCUAGAGCACCUCUUCUCCCUCUUUCUGCCACGACGCCGAGGUGAUGGCUGGAGCUGCAGCAGUCUUUUCAACCAUGAGAGAAGAAGGGCCAAGAGAACCACAGAGUUGUCAGUCCUCGUGUUGUUGAGCCGCUGGUCCAGCACCAGCCCCUGCCUAUCUCGAGACAACUUAUUAGGAAACAUAACCAGUUUUAUUUAUAUUCUGUCCCUGUUACUAUCAGGUAAAGCUAGAUUGCCAAAUAGACUUUUUCAAAGCUUUAGUUUUGCAUCUACUCUAGCCAUUUGAUACACAAAUAGGUGAAGUUUUUCUUAAAUGCAGUUUGCAGUUCAUCUCUCUUUGUGUACUUAUGCUCUGCCCCUGCCCCUGGGCUUGCCUCAUAGAAGGCCGGGGCAUGAGCAGAGUUCACACUUUCUGAUAGGCCUCGACAAUCCAUCAAAUUCAUAAUUUAGAGAAUUUGUUUUUAGCAAAUUGGAUUUUGACAUUUUUUUUUUUAAUUCUGGAAAUGGCUUUCUGUAAAUUUCAGUUUCAACGAAUUGAUCCAGAGUCAAAUAAACACACUGCCUGGUUUUUGAAGUUUCCAUAAAUCAGUUCCCAAAGUGCUAAUUAAAUAUUUACUAAUUGCUGACUCUCAGGUUAGUACUCUGCUAUGGGUUGGGUAUUCCUUGAAGAGUCAGACUUGGUUAGAGGAAUGAGGUUGGGGGUUGGGAGGGAUACAAUCCAUCACUUAUCUUAGUAAAAACUUGGAGGCAACCUAUGUGCCCAUUAGCAAAUGAUUAAUCAGUAAGUAUACUGACAUACAUGGUACACAUUAUGCAAUACUGUGUAGAAGUGAGAAAGAAUAAAGUAGAACUCACAAAGCAA